UCACCCUCAGCUUCCAUCGGCUUUUUCCCGCUGCCGGAUUUCCGCGUUGGGGCUCCUUUAACGCGCGCGGCCGCGACGCUGUGACGUUUGGUGGCCCAAAGCCAAGAAGGGAUCCGUCAUCCGACGGCCUUCGGAGAAACCCAACAACUUUUCCUUUACCUGAAAAGAGAAAAAGGCGGCGGAAGAGGAAGAGGAAGAGGAAGGAGGUGGAGGAAGUGAAUCCCACCGCUCCGUGGAAAACCAUUCCCACCCUACGCCCCCCUCCAGGUCUGGAGAGCGACCUGGAAGCCCCGGGACAAUGCCUCUCCACGGCCCGAGAGCCACCGCUCUCCUCGCUUGGGUGAACAGCACCAAAGUCUUUCCGGAUCCUCUCCAGGAGCUGACGCAGCUCCGGGACUGCGGAAUCUUCAUCCGGAUCAUCCACCAACUGCAUCGGAGUGAGGGGGUGGAGUUGAUCCUGGAGAAGUCGCUGCCGGAGAGGAUCUCCUUCAUCCGUGGAUUCCUCCAAAAACAGGGAAAGCACAGAUCGGCUGCGGAGAAUUUGGUGUCGGCACAGGAACUCUUGGAUGGAGAGGAAUUGGCGUUGGCCAAGGUGGCCGUGCUGCUCCUCUACCACACUUCCAUGAGUUCCCGAAGUCCUACGGAUUGGAACGCCUUUGACUAUGAGACGCAGGUGGAACUGGCGUCCAUCCUGAGGUUUGUGCUGGACAACGAGGAAAGUCUGGAUGAGAACUUGGAGAUGUUUCUGCAGAAGAAAGCGCCGCUGCCUUCAUCCGGCGGCAGCAGUUCCGAGGAACACUCUCCGCUCCUCUCCCACAAGCGGGAAGUGCGCUUCCUGGAGCUCCAGAGGAUCGCGUCCUCUUCCAACACCAACAAUAUUUUCACCGGAGCGCCGUCGUCGCCCAUGGGAGACGUCCUGCAGACGCCACAGUUCCAGCUCCGACGGAUGAAGAAGCAAUUGGCUGUGGAGAGGGAAAACCGGGAUGAGCUGGAGGUGGAGCUGGCGGAGAACCGCAAACUCCUCACGGAGAAGGAGGCUCAAAUCACUGUGAUGCAACAACGCAUCGACCGCUUAACGCUCCUCCGGGAAAAUCCAUCGGCGGAUCAGCCGGAAGCGAAGGAGAUGGAGGAGCUGAGGGAGAAGAACGAGAGCCUGACGCUCCGCUUGCACGACGCCCUCCGCCACUGCCAAGACCUGAAGACGGAGAAAGGUCAAAUGGACCGGAAAAUCAACCAACUCUCCGAGGAGAACGGAGAUCUUUCCUUCAAGUUGCGGGAGAUCGCGAGUCACAUGGUGCAGCUCCAAGAAGCCCUCAACGAGCUGUCGGAGGAGCACAACGCGGCCAUGGAGCAGUCGCAGGAGAAGCAGGGACAGUUGGAGAGGGAUCUGCACGAGGCCACCCAGGAGAAGAAAUGCUCCGAAGAGAAGAUCGAGAUCCUCCAGGGGAAGAUCUCUCUGCUGGAGGACCAACUGGAGAAGAUGAGGGACAACAGCGCCCAAGAGAAGGGAGAGGUCAUGGGGGACGUCCUGAAGCUGGAGGAGCUCCAACGGGACCUCUCCCGCCUCUCCUCCGAAGGCUCCGAGCUUCGCGCCGCCCUCCUCCGCUUGGAAGAGGAAAGAGACCGACGAGAAGCGGCGCUGAAAGCAGAACGCGACCUCUUCCAAGCGGAAAAGCAACACUCGGCCAACGUCAUCUCCAACCUCCAAACCACCCUCUCCGAGAGCCACCAAGCGCGCGAGCGGCUGGAAAGGGACCUACAGGAGAUCCGACAGCUCCAGACCAUCCCACCGCCGAGCCGGGAGCUCGAGGAGACCACCACGAGGCUGGAGAAGACCUCCAGGGAGAGGGAUUCUGCUCUCCAGGAGCUCCAACGCCUUCAGGAAGUCAACGCCACGUUGAGCAACCAAGCGGAGGCGCUGACGCGAGCGCACGACGCCAUCCGUACGGCUUCGGAGCAGGAAAAAGCCGAACUGAGCCGAAAGAUCGUUGAGUUGGAAGGGAAAAUCUUGGAAUUCGGAGCUUCCGAAGGGUUGAGAGCUCAACUCCGGGAACUUGAAGGUCGUUUGAAGGAGAACCAACAGCGAUUGGCCGAGAGGGAAAAGUUGGCGAAGGAAAACAGUCGCUUACAGGAACGGUUGCUUUUCCUGGAAGAAUCCCUACGGAAUACCGAAGGUAUUUUGGAGGAUGAGAAGAGACGAGCGGCCGAGAGUUUGGAAGUCAACGCGGCCAGGAUUGCCGAGCUGGAAGCGGAAAGGCAACAGUUGGCCAAGCGUCAAACGUUGGAAGAGGAAAAGCCGUUGGGAACCUCCUUCUCAUCCCGAGCCGACGACGGCGAACGCGAGCGCUUGGAAGAGGAGAUCCGAGCGCUGAGCCGCGAGCACGGAAGAGCCCGGCAGCUGCUGCGAGCCGAGCAGGAGAAGACAACCGCCUUGGAAGCCCACGUUGUGGAACACCAGGAGAAGUCGGUUGCCCUCCAAAGCGAUUUAUCCGUCGCCCGCGCGCGGCUCGAGGAGAAAGAAGAGGAAGAGCGGAAGCUGAAGGUGGAAAUCGCUUCCCUGCGGGAAAAAAUGAGCGUCGCCGAGCAAACGGCGGCGCAACGCGUGGCCGGCUUGGAGGUGGACGCUCGGAGAGCCACCGAAGCCCUGGAAGGGAUAUCCCAACAGCUUUCCCGGGAGAAGCUGAGAUCUCAAGAGUUGGAAGUCACCGUAGAGCGGUUGAGGAACGCGGAGAAGGAACUCAGCGCGGCGGUCGCCGCCGGUAACCAACGGCAACAGGAACGGGAAGCGGAGGUGAAGAAACUCUCCGAGGAGGUGACUUUGUUGGGUUCCAGACUGGAAGAAACGCUACGGGAACACCGUCGCCGUUCGGAACGGAGCGAGGAGGAAACGGAACGUUUGAAGCGGGAAUUGGAAGGAGUCAAAACCGAUUGCGGAGCCGAAAGAGCUCGAAAAGCCGAGUUGGAAACGCAGCUCCAAAAUUGCCUCAACGAGCAAAGGGUGGAGAGGGCGCUGCAUCGGGAAGAGCUGAGCCGAUGGCAGGAGGUGAUGGAGGAGAAGAAACGGGAGAUGGAGGAGCUCCGAAGGGUGAACGUCUCGCAGGGAGAGGAGUUGAGGGACCUCCGGAAGGCGGUGAGCGAGCUGGAAGGAGAACUCGCCUCGGCACGGGCGGCCAAGGUGGACAACGAGGUCUCCUGGAGAAAGGAGAUGGAAAGGAACGAGGCCACCUGCUCGAAGGAUGUGUCCUUCAAAGAUUCGGAGGAGAAGACCUCUUCCGGAGAGCGGGAAUCCACCUGGAGCGAAGGCGUUCCCCAAGAGAAGCUGACGGAGAGCCAAAGGCUUCGUUGGCGCGUGGAAGAGCUGGAGAAGAAGUGUGAGGAGCAACAAGAGGUUGUGGUCACCUUGGAGCGAGCGGCGAGGACAGAGCGAGCGGAGCUGGAAGCUUCCAAGAAGGAAGCGGCACAGCAGAAGGAAAGAACGUUGGAGCUGCAGAAGACGUUGGAGGCGUUGAGGUCGGCGCAAGAGCUUCACGAAGGUACCGUGGAAGCCCUUCGGAAGGAGCUGCAGGAGAAAGGGAGAGAGUUGGUUGAGAGUAAAAGCGCCGCGGCCGCCGCCGAGAAGGAAUUGGUGGCUUUGCGCUCCGUAGCGCAGGAGAAAAAGCGGAUGGAGGAAAGCUGGAAGGAGCAAAUAGCGCAGUGCGUCCAAGAGCUGGAGAGGAAGACCACGUUGAUGGGGAGUUUGGAGCACGAGGUGUCCAUCCUCCACCGUCAGGUGACGGAGAAAGAAGGCGAAAGCAAAGAGCUGAAGCGGUUGAUCAUCGGCGAAUCGGAGAAGAGCAAAAAAUUAGAGGAGCGGUUGAGGGUUCUCCAAACGGAAAUGGCCACCGCCGCGUCGCGAGCGGCCGAAAGGUGUUCCCUGAUGAAGGUGGAGGUGCAACGGUGCCAAGAAGAGAUGGAGAAACAGCGUUUGACCAUCGAAGCCCUCAAGAGGGACCGUCAGGGCCAAAGCGAACGGGAGGAGGAGCUGCGCCAGGAGGUGAAGGUCUCCCAGGAGAAGUACCUCCAGAAGGAGCAGCUCCUCAACGCUCUCCGUCAAGAACUCCUCAACGCCCAAACGCUCGCCGGCGAAUUACCGGCGUUGAAGAAGCUUUGCCACGAGCUUCAAGCGGAGCGGACGGCACUGGAGAAACGUCACCGCCAGGAAGCGGAGGAGCAAACGAGAGCUUUGGAGGUUCUUCAAGGGCAGUUGGAACGUCUCCAGGUGGAGACGGCGGAGGUGAGGUCUUUACGGGAGCGUUCGUCGGAACAGGAGCGGACGGUGCAGCGGUUGCAGGCGGAAGCGGCCGAACAGGCGUCGCGGUUGGCGGCGUUGCGUCAAAGCAACCUUCGGUUGUUGGAGGAGAAGCGAAGGUUGGAGGAGAAGAAGUUGGAAGUUGAGUUGAAGGAAAGCGAAGAGCGGCAUUCCGAGGAGAUGGAGAAGCUGAGGGCGGCGACCGAGGCAUUGGUGGCCACCAGCAGGCGAGAAGCGACGGAGAAGGUGGAGGAGAUGAGGAAGGAGUACGAAAGCGGCAAAACGGCGGCGUUGGAGGAGAAGAAGAAGAUGGUGGAGGAGAAGCAGAAGUUGACGGCUCAGGUGGAGCAACUGGAGACCUUCCGGAAAGACCACGUGAAGCAGGUGGAGGAGCUGCAGAAAGCGCUGACUCAGCACGAGAAGGACACCCGAACGCAACGGCAGAAGAUUCAGGCGCUGGAGGUGGAGCUGAAGGCCGAGGCCACGCGGCACCACCAGAAGGUGUCGGAGCUGCAGGCGCUGCUCCUCCAGAAGGAACAGACGGUCGAACACUACAGAGGACAGAUGGAAAAGGCCAAAACUCACUACGAAGCGAAGAAGCAGCAGAACGAGGAUCUGGUGGAGCAGCUGAAGGCGAUGGAGCAGCUGCAGAAGGACAACGAGGAGCUGCGGGUGGAGGCGCAGCGUUUGGCCAAAGAGCUGCAGCGCAGUGUCCUUCGCGCUGAGGAGGCCGAGAGGCGCUGCCCCCGACGCGGCGGCCCCCGACCAACCCCACCGGCUCAGAUGGACUUUGCAAAACUCCGAGAUCUCGCUGACUUCCAAGGAUUUACAGACCCAUCGGAAAACCGGGAUAUAUCCCACCGGAACGUCGGCGAACUCAGCUCCGACAGCCUUGAGCUCAGCCUCGAAGAAACAGAACCUCUCAACUCCACCAGGAAACCGCUCCGAUCGCAUUCGGAGACGUCGGCGGUUCCGUCGGGAACCAAAGAAACUCAACGGCUUCCACGGAAGGUGGAAUCCUUGGAGAGUCUUUGCUUUACUCCUAUUCCGAGUCGGAGCAGAUCCCGAUUGGAAAGCGGAGUCGGAAAAGAUCUUUCGGUGGAUUCCGGAUGUAAAACUCGUUCGGGACAACGCCGAACAACCAUCAAUAUCACUAUGAGCAAAACACAUCCCGAGACGGACGAUCCCGACAGCGCCAACUCCUCCUUCUCCAGCACCUCUCUGGCUCCGCCCCCUCGCGCCGCUCCCGCCAAGAGUCGCCUCCGCUCGGCCGCGUCCACUCACUUCCCUUCCCGGGAAUCCCUCGGAAAGAUGGAAACUUCUUCUCCGCAGGACAACUCCAACGAUUCCACUCUACGGCGUCUCCCCGGUUAUCGGCCGCUCACCCGCAGCUCCGUGCGGCGCCAACAUGGCGGCAGCGCCGGCGACGGUCGGAGCAGCAUCUUCAUGGCCUCCUGUCAGGAUGAACCGGAGCCGUUGGACGAUUGGAAUCGCAUCGCGGAGCUUCAACAACGCAACCGUUCGUGUCCACCUCACCUGAAGACCUGUUACCCUCUGGAGAUCCGGCCUUCCGACUCUUUGGGAACCAUCACGGAUGAGGAGAUGAAGACGGGUGAUCCGAAGGAGACGCUGCGUCGCGCCAGCGUUCAACCUUCCCAGAUCACCAUCGGAGUCACCACCACCACCACCACCACCCGGAGAAGGACCUCCGGAACCGCUUGCGUCGCCGGAGGUGUCACCACUCGGCAGCAACGGAAGCGUCUGUCGGAUGAGAGCCACCACGGCCCCGAGACGCCGGAGUCCAAGAAGCCGACCGCGUGCUUCCCGCGCCCCCAAACCCCCCGGAAUCGCGACGACCGCCGCCGUAGCCAACAGCCGACUCCCUCCAAUCCGGCGGAGAGGCGCCAAUCCUUGGCCUUCAGUAUCCUCAACACUCCGAAGCAAAUCGGGAGCAGUUUAUUGCGCCGAGCGGUCGCCCGGAAAAACCAAUCCAAGUCUUCUCCCCGAGUCGGAGCGCGACGGUCACCCCGCGGAGCCGCCGGAAAAUCCCCCCGCGGAAAGGUUGGACUCCGAGCGCACAAAGACACCAAGUUCUGAGGUGGCUCCAGCCCUGACGUUGGGUCCCUUCCUUGUCCCCUCCCCUCUUCCACCAUGAGCAGUAACCGCGUCCCCGAGGUCCCACGUCCCCACGAGGGGACACAGACAGAGCCACCAUCGCUGGGGACACAUCCCAAGGACCUCCCAACGACCCCUCUGGGCCACCAGGAACCCUCUGAGCAAUCUUGAGCUUCUCCUGAACAUCUCAGGAGGUCCCAACAUCACAGAGUGUCCUCCGAGGAGGGGACAAAGGGGACGAAGGGGACGGAGGUCCUCUUUUUAAAGCGUUUCUACUUGUAAAUAAAUUGUAUUUUUCUCCUGGU